GUUCGAACCUUGAGCUUGACGUACGGCCCCCGUGAAUUACGUCAAGUGCGCACCGAAGCGUGAGGAUGGCAGGUUAAGAUCAGACUUCCACGGCGCUCGGACGGCGCAUUACAUGUGGAGCCCAGCGGAGGGGCGCUCACAGGAGAGGAUACUUCGAUCUGGCCAAGUUCACCCUGCUCCGACCGGCCUUUGCGAAAGCCACGAUUUCCCACUCCAGACCAUUCCCCUCGAAUUAUACUGCCACCCUCUCCUUCCUCGGUCCGAAGCGGUGAGAUGUCAUCAUUUUCGAGAAUUCUUCGAAGCGAAGACCCCUAGCUGGAAACCUAAGGACAGAGAGGGCAGUUCAAUGUCGCGCCCAAACGACAGUGGAGGCUGCGCCACGUGGGUUGAUGGCGGAAAUGAUCGUUCACCAGCAGCAGCAGAGAGCUGUGAAGUCGACGAUGGGCGCGAUGGUCUUGUGGAGGAGAGGUGUAACGGGUAAAUUAUAGCUACUCCCUCCACUUAGAUGUCCAGGAGACAUUUGUGCGGCCGCCGCCGCUGUGAGCAGGCAAAGUACCUGCCCGA